GUUGCUUGCAUGUGGGGCCGAUGUAACGUAACAACACUAUUUUGACCAGAUGUAUAAUGGUUGCCACAUUUCUAUCACAUGUUCUAUUGCAUGUGCACGGCAUUCCUUUAAUGCAUUUACCGGUAGCUUUGCGCAAGUGUUUUCACCCCUGCGACAGCAAAACCCGAAGGGAACUCCUGAAAAUAAUAGAAGUUUCUUUUUAUAAGUUGCAAAUGAAAGUAGGAAAACAUGUAUCAUGUAAAAACAAGUGUUUAUAUUUGAAAAAAAUUCAGAGGUGUUUUGUAAAGACAGAAAAAGCCAACAGGAUUUAUUUCUUUAUUUUCCACUUUUUUAAAAUUUGUUUUUCUAACCUGUCAAUAGAGAUUUUAGGGUCACGCCGAAUAGUUAGGGUCGGUCAGAAAAUCGAAAGCAGCAGUACUGUACUUUGGAGGGGGGAGGCUUUAGAAAUAACUUUUACACGUGGCCCUUCCUUAACAAACUUGUCUGAAACUGCCUCAAAAAGUCCCCUUUCUAUCCUAUGGCCUGCUCCAAUCUAUUAGAAAUUGAUACCUUUUUAGGAUUUGAGGCCAAAUUCACAUAUUGUACACCUUUUACUCUAAUUGCAAAGAAACAACCACUCUACCCUUAAGUACACGUUCUUGCCCCACAGGAAACAAUUUUUCCUCUUUCCAAAGUCAAUUCAUGAGUGCCUUUGACCUUCAGGAAGCAAAUAAAAGCCACGCAUGCGUAAACAUAAACUCUUCAAGCAUCACGUGCAUCUCAAACUGGGGAAUUCCAAAUAAAGAUAUUUUUCGACAUGCAAAAAGCACCGCACUUCAAAACUCGGAAUUCCAGAGAGAAUUGCUCCAUCAUGACUGUUCCGUCUGUCUUCAGCAAGUUGCCAAUUCAAGAUCUAAGCAGCGAUAUGGACCGCCAGAUCAUUAACUAUUUGUUUUUUAGAAAGGUACCGAGCAAAACUACAAUAGCUCUUAAGCACCAUGGGCCAACCAUCCUAGCUACAAAGAACAACAAGUGGGAUGCCGAUGCCAAGCGCUUUCUGAAAUUUCUACGUGACGACCAUCAAGAGUUGGAAUGGUGGGAAUUUAUGAAGAAACCCCUGCCUCUACUCAGUAAGAAACACAAGAAAACGAGCAGGAAUCAGUUGCAGAUACCUUCUUGGAAUAUUCGAAACCAAAGUGUGUUCAAAACAACACGGAAAGAAGCGAGUGCCUGUAGUAAAUGUUGUGACACUGAAAAUGAACACUACGGUGAGGAUAUUGAAAAAAGAGCAAGCACAAGAAUGCAAGAGAUUCAAAAUCUGAUGAACUUGGUGCGUGGGCCACCAACAUGGAACUACGAGCCACCAAGACCAUUCACAUAUGACGAGCCAGCAGAAGCCGGAUUCAUGCUCAAACGCAUGUACAUGUAGACUGGACUCCAUAUUGUGCAACACCUUCACUGCAGGUACGAGAAAGCCCAGCAAAGCAACCGGAUGAGAGCCGCGAGGAAUCAAAGCACUCAAAUCGGUGCCAACCCCUACGACGGAUGCAUUUAUUAUUAUUGAGGCAUGAAAUCUGAAUACGUCAUCAUGCAUUUGUGAAUUUAAUAAGUUCACUCCAAACGACAACAACUUUGAAAAACCAAGACUAAUAAAAAAAGUCUGGUUUGAAUUACAUGAGGAAAUAUCCAUUUCAUGCCACAAGAAUAGAAAUUUUAGAAUUAAUGGGUGUAAUUUGAGUUUUAGAAAUUAGAAAUUUAUGCUAAAUACGUUCAAUGUCAAUGGUAGUGUUAAAUAAGCAAGUAUUACUUUAGUGUUUUGCUCAAUAUUAACUACCGCAUGAAAUCAUUAAGAAAUAAAUUGUAUCAGGUGCAUGGCUGUUUUGAACUUUACUAUAUAUUAGCAUGUAGACUUAAACAAUAUUUGUGAAGGGAAUGUAAAGUUUCUGGUGAUGGACUACUUGAGUUUAUAAGCAUCAAAGUUGGUCAUAUUGGUAGAUGUCAGUUUCAUAACUUGACAAUGUACAUGUAACUCUGUCUUGAAUGCUACAUUUUCACUGGCCUAGAAUGAUCACCUAACUGGCCAAUGAAACUGCUCAAAAAAUAUCCCCCAUCCUUGUGCAUAGCAUAUUAUACUAAAGGGUAGUCUCCGCCCCCUCAGUCAAACCAUGAUGUCGGGACUACAAACCAUGAAUACAAUCUCCAGUAAGAGCAACAACCAGGCAAAGGGAGCAAUCCUCUGUAAGAGCUCUGCAAUUUCUGGCCAAAAAAUGUUUCAUUUGAAGUUAAUUUCUUCCUAUAAAUUCCGCAACAUCUGCUGAGCUUGAGGACACAUGCAGACUCUCCUCAAAAAUAAUGUUUAUGUAAAACAUAAAGAAUCUUGAAGAUUUUGAUUUCUACAAAGACAAAUGGGGCCACCACAGUUCAACUGACGCCAGUACAGCAAAAAUCCACGUGCAUUGUAGAACUUUCUGUGCAGCAACAAACCAAGAUCUCAUCUGAAUGAAAUUCCAGACACUUCAGGCGAGGAAAAUGCAGGGCUGCAAUGAAACAAUUAUCGACUGCCGUAAAGUGGGAUAUGAUGUUUCAACCCAUCAGGGCCUCACAUCACCCUGGACAUGGCUUUGGGUGCCCCAUGUAUGAGUUUUCACCGUCAAUAAGGAAUCAUUUCAAAAUUCCUAUCAGUUGACUAUAGGGCAGGGCCAUCCAACCGAUAACAGUGAAUUGUGUUGAGUGAAUUAUAGAGGGGGUGAAACCACAUAGUGUUGGAAGUAAUGCAAUAAAAAGGCAUUUAUCAGUUAGAAUUGGCCUCUUGAAAGCACUUAACCUGAUAGCCAACCAAUAAUAAAUGUAUCGUUCCAACAGUUCUGUCUGACACCUACACGAUAAGAAUUUUGAAAUGGUGCUUAACUGUUACAUAUUCCAUCAUGCCUGGGAUGAGUUGAGCUCAGUCUAAACAUCGGCAACUGCAUAUGUACAGUACACAUACAAGUACACAUACUGUAUGAAACCGAGACUAUCAGUCACAGAAAAUGACCCAGAUCCAAUGCAUGGUGAACUUUACUUCAUACUUUACUUCAGACUGGUGAAAGGUUAUGUGAACCAAAAUUAACAUUGGUAGUUAUUUGUCAACAUUUGUUUUAAUUACUUAUUUCUGUUUGGGGUAAUGAAAACCACAGAGUUUUCAAAGUGGCCAAAUUUUUUCAAAGGGGGAGAGAACCACUCAGAAAGGUUCAAUUUAAGAAGUGGAAGGAAAUCCUCAGUCGAACCCAAAGAACAAGGUACAUGUACCCGUACAUGUACAGAUCAAAGACAUAAAUUGUGACCUGGUUGGGAUUUGAACCUGGGUCAAUGAGAAGGGAAGUACAUGAAUGGAAAAUGCUCCUGCACCAUGUACAUGUACAUGUACAAGUUUGCUUCGGCCUUUUCCACAAAAUAUUUGUGUUGCACUUACAGUCCUGUUUGGGUAAGUAAAACAUUAAGUGGGUUUCUAGUAACCUUUGUGAAGUGGGUCUACAUGUGCACCAGGGUAUUGACUUCACAAUGUCUCAUAUGUGCAGAUGAGCGGAAACAAUGGUGAAACAUUACUUGACACAUUUAUUAUAUUUUAUUUAAUUAUUUUUAUUAUUUUCGCCAUUUUGUUUUAUUCAGUUUUUUUUUCUGAGUGGGGAUACCCCCCUCCCCGAUCCUUACCUAGUACAGUAGUAUUGCUCCGAGAUGAAAAUGUUCUCCCUACUUACUGCAGUAUCAUACCAACCUACAAUUCCCCAGAGCUUUGGAAAUUUAUUUUCAACUUAAAAAUCAAAAACGAUUUUGAAAAUCAUCACAUUCUAAAAUGGAAAAGUUCUGUUUGAUGACCAUUUUCCCAUGAUGCACUCCAAAAUUGGCCACCCUAUGGCGCCCUAGAGACGGCACUCUACUGAAAUGUGAACUACUCCUAAGUCUCCACAUAUUAGAUAAGAGUCAUGCAUGUACCUUGACCAAUAGAGGCCACAGCUGAAGUAUGUCCUAAACGUUAAUCGUGAAUCAAUCUUUUUCUCCCUCGGUUCCACAAUCAUACAGCAUGGCUCACAGAUUUACUCUAGUUGAAAGUAAUAAUUAUAGAGUAGUAAACCGUAUAUCUCAGUAUAUUCAGUGCUUAAGACAUGUAAAAGCUGCUUGGCUGCUUUUUGUAUAUUUACCCAGAUUGUUCCAAUUAAAAAUUCUUAACAGGAAUGCCUGGCCAAUAAUGCAUGUUAUUGUAGUAGCUACAUUGUACUCACACUUAAGAUUGUUAGAGGUUAAUUGUGCUGUCUUCAAUUAAAAAAAA